UGCAUGCUAGGGUUUUGUCGAUCAAAUCGAAUUACGGGAGUGAGCUAAUGACCUAGCGAGAGCUAUAGACUGUAGUGGAACUUUAAAGUUUUACUUCCGCCUUUAAGUGAUUCCAAGUUUUCAGACGUCACAAAAGUUUGUCGGUUAUGGUUGGUAACAAGCGUUCGGUUCUUGGACAUUUGGUUUGAAGAGUAUCGUUGAACUGUAAAUUUUAUAGAGUAUAUGUGAAUUUUGAACAAAAUAUGGUUUCUGAAACCCUUGAAGUGAGUGGUGUGACAAAUGGAGAGGCUGAAAACAAUCUUCAGAAACAGAGUCAUGAAAUCUCAUGCCAAGGAUUUAAAAGAAGACGGGGAAAGUUGAUGUCCAAUGAAACCAGGGCCACUCAUUCGUGUAAUGGAAAUUCUAGUGAAGAAUGUAGACCAGGAAUAUCUAGCAGGGAUAUGAGUGAUCAUGAGGAACCUAACGAGCAGCAUGAUUUUUUUCCUAAAAAGGCAAGGAUUUCAAGAGAAAUUAUUUUUCAAGAUUCCAACCAUGAUGAAGACCCCUUUUACGAUGAUGAUGAUGACGAUGACAAUGACAGUGACUGGGAGCCUGUUCAGAAGCAUGUGGAAAUUGCAAAGUGGUUUUGCACCAAUUGUACAAUGCUCAACCUUGAUGAUGUUGUACAUUGUGAUAUUUGUGGGGAACAUAAAGAAUCUGGUAUCCUGAGGCAUGGAUAUUUUGCAUCACCAUUUUUACAAGAUGCACAACUUAGUCAGGUUGAAUUGGAACUUGACGGGAAAUACAAAGAAUUUCACUCAGGAAAUUCAGCUUCAGGCUGUUCCACUGCAAUAGGUUUUGAUGAGAGAAUGUUACUACACUCAGAAGUUGAAAUGAAGUCACGACCACAUCCAGAAAGACCUGAUCGCCUUCGAGUUAUUGCUGCUAGCCUUGCUACUGCUGGUAUAUUUCCAGGAAGAUGCUAUCCUGUUUCUGCUAGGGAAAUCACACAAGAAGAGCUUAGGAUGGUUCAUUCUGUAGAGCAUGUUGAAGCUGUAGAAAUCACAGGUCAACUUCAUUCUAGCUAUUUCACUCCUGACACAUAUGCUAAUGAGCAUUCAGCACGUGCUGCUAGACUUGCAGCGGGCUUGUGUGCUGAGCUUGCUUCAGAAAUUUUCUCAGGACGUGCCAAAAAUGGUUUUGCUUUGGUACGGCCGCCUGGUCAUCAUGCUGGUGUCAGACAAGCUAUGGGUUUUUGCCUCCACAAUAAUGCAGCAAUUGCGGCAUUAGCAGCUCAGAUUGCUGGGGCAAAGAAGGUGCUCAUUGUUGAUUGGGAUGUUCAUCAUGGAAAUGGCACUCAAGAAAUUUUUGAGCAGAACAAAUCGGUGUUGUAUAUAUCCUUGCAUAGACAUGAGCAUGGAAGGUUCUAUCCUGGUACUGGAGCUGUUGAUGAGGUUGGUACAAAAGGUGCCGAAGGGUACUGUGUGAAUGUUCCGUGGAGUCGGGGAGGAAUUGGGGAUAACGAUUAUAUUUUUGCUUUUCAGCAUGUUGUGCUUCCUAUAGCUUCAGAGUUUGCUCCUGACUUUACCAUCAUAUCAGCAGGGUUUGAUGCUGCAAGGGGUGACCCUUUGGGAUGCUGUGAUGUAACUCCUGCUGGUUAUGCACAGAUGACACAAAUGUUAACGGCUCUAUCUGGUGGAAAAUUACUUGUUAUUCUUGAGGGCGGCUACAAUCUCCGUUCAAUAUCAUCUUCUGCUGCAGCGGUGAUUAAGGUACUGCUUGGUGAAAGUCCUGGAUAUGAAGUUCAGAAUAAUCCGCCAUCCAAAGCUGGCUUCCAAGCUGUUAUGGAUGUCCUCAAAAUUCAGAUUAGCUUCUGGCCUACUCUGGAAUCAAGCUUAACGAGGUUGCAAUCAGAAUGGGGAGCAUAUUCUACUGAAUACAAAAAGAAACAAAUCAAAAAGAGGCUGCGACUUGAGGCUCCCAUAUGGGCACCAAUAUGGUGGAAAUGGGGAAGGAAAAGAUUUUUGUAUCAGUUUCUUUGUGGCCGUCUUAGUGUGAAAAGGGAGUUUUGAAUAUCUGAGGAACUGUAUUUUCUUUUGAUCUUAUCCGAUCUUCAAUUUUGCUCACCCUCACCCUUAUAUUCUGAUCACUGCGAUGACUGCAUUUUCCCACCACGGUCUGAUGUUUAAAUGGCAUGAUGUAUAAUGGUGCAACAGACAUGGAUCUAGGCUGUGUAGUUUCUCCUCACCUGACUCCUGGGUGGUAGAAUAGGCUUUUGCAUAUUUUGACUUGAGGAGGCUUGAAAAUGAAAUGCUAAUAUCCUCUUGUUUCUGGUUUACAGCAUUGAUGGCACAAA